AUGCUAGUUCGCCUCGAAGGCGCUCGGCUGGGCGUUCGACUUGAAGAGCCAUUCACGGAGUGCAAGGAACUCGUGGAAGUCUUGCGCUGGAGCGUCGGCGUCGAGGAUCGCUGCAGCGUCGGAGUCGAGGACCGGGACCGGGAAAGCUCCCUCGCAAAGGAGGGGCUCCGAGAUGGAACUCGGGGACCUGGCGCCGGAGAAGUUCGAUUUACGGCUGGCAUCAUCGGGGACAGAGCGCUCGAAGCCCGGGGCGAGGUCGACAGAGACAGCUGCUUGAGCGAAUGCGCCAGUUCCUUGUCCCCGUCAUGGGAGGAUGUAUUCAGCAGUGACGGGCGCCGCGAUGGCGCUCUGUCGAAUGGAGAGGCCAUGGCAGAGGCGCAAGACCCAUGA